AAACACCUGCACACGUUUUUAAACGUGACAAUGCGGCGAUUAAGAUCACUGUAAAGUUUCUGUUUUAUUGAUCAGACUCAUUUUUCAUAUUACACUUUACAUUAACACGUUUUUUCACACUCUUUGCUUUGAGGUCUGUGGACGUGAAAUGUGAGAAUUUAGUAGGUCACUAUGAGAAAUCUUAAUUUUAGGUCCGUCUCCAGAGACAGGAAGCUUAUUUGAUUCUGUCCCAGUUCUGGACACACGUGUAAAGCCUGGGACACGAAUCCUAUGAAGGGCGUGAGCACUUGAGAGAUAUCGAUUACCUGAUUCAGGGGUGUAUGUGUGUGUGUGUGUGUGUGUGUUGUAGAAAGACCCGUGAAAUCAGAAGCAGAGUAAUGGAGGGUAAAAUGUAGGUUUUCUGAUCAGAAAUGACCAUAAGCAUUGUUUCAGUAGGAACAUGGACACGUUAUCAGUUCACAUUUACAGAAGGAGUCUCCAGUUUAUGCUUGGUGUUUCUUCAGCAUGACCAAGUUUUUUUGCUGUUUCAUUAAGCUGCUGUGGUCUGUCUGGAUUAAAACUCUUCACAAUUUGCUGUUGUAAGAAAAUAAUCAGUAAGUCUGCUUCAUCGCAGCAGUGCGCCACCACGUGUUUUCUGGUGUCUCUUACUUAAGCAGGUUAAAGAACCUAAAAGAUCUGAGUUAUGGUAUUAAAUUCUGCACACGAGUGGGCUCCUUGGAUUAUUCUUCCGUUUUCGAAUCAACACUUUCUUCUCUUGGCAACUGCUGACGUCAGAAGAUCGCGGUCACGCUGCGUCUUUGCGCGCCCCGGCCAGGUGCUGCGCGUCCACAGUGGCGUGUACGCGCUUUAUACUUUAUCGUGGAAAUAAAAAGGGAAGGAAGAGAGAAGGAAUGUAGCUGGAUUAACCCAUCUCUCUCUCUCUCUCUCUCUCUCUCUCUCUCUCUCUCUCUCUCUCUCGAUCUCAGUUGCACACAUACGCGCGCGCACACACUCACAUACACACACAUACACAUAAAAGCAGACGUCCGCGCGCGCGCACACAGAGCUGACCGUCACACCCACCCGCACUCCCACCAUAAAAUUCUCCAAAUCUCUAAAGGAAAAAUGGCUUCAGGAGGUUUGGGAGAGCGCACGGUGAUUCAGCUCGGCUUGAUCAAUGCAGAAGACAAGUAUCUGACGGCGGAAGCGUUCGGCUUCAAGGUGAACGCGUGCGCCACGUCCAUGCGUAAGAAGCAGGUGUGGACCCUGGAGCACGCGGACCAGACGGGUGGAGACUCGAGCGCGGUGCUCCUGCGCAGCCACCUUGGCCGCUACCUGUCCGCCGACAAGGACGGCAACGUGUCCGCCGAGCUCGAGCGGCCCUCCCGGGACUGCCGCUUCUGCGUAGUGGCGCAUUCCGACGGCCGCUGGUCGCUGCGCUCCGAGGCGCACGGGCGCUACCUGGGCGGCGCUGAGGACCGCGUGGUGUGCGCGACUGCCGAGGACAAGUGGUUCGUGCACCUCGCCAUGCACCCGCAGGUCAACCUGUACAGCGUGGCGCGCAAACGCUACCUGCACGCGCAGCCCGGGCGCGGGGAACUGGCUGCGGACCGCGAUGCGCCCUGGGGCGUGGGCUCCGUGCUCACCCUCGUGUACCGCGAGCGCCGCUACCACCUGCAGACCGCCGACGGCCGCUUCCUCGCCGGCAGUGGCGCGCUGAUCGCCGAGCCGCGCGAUGACACCGGAUUCACGCUGGAGUUCGGCUCGGGCACGGUGGCGUUCCGGGACUCCGCGGGGAGAUACCUGGCGCCCUCCGGCCCGAGCGGCGCGAUCAAAGCGGCCAAAGGCGUCCGUGUGGGUAAAGAUGAGGCGCUCGUGCUGGAGAGGAGCCGCGGGCACGUGGUGCUUACCGCCAGCAACGAGCGGAACGUGUCCAUGCGUCAGGGUGUUGAUCUGUCAGCCAAUCAGGAUGAAGAAUCAGAUCAGGAAGUCUUCCAGAUGGAGAUGGAGCAGGAGACGAACCACUGUGCUUUCAGGGCCUGCAAUGGGAAGUACUGGAGUCUCACUCCGAGCGGCGCGAUCCAGUGCACCGCGAGCGAAAAAUCAGCCAGCUGCUUCUUCAAGUUGGAGUGGAAAGGAGCGAAGGUCACGCUCAAGGCCAGUAAUGACAAGUACUUAGCAGCCAAGAAGAACGGCCAGCUGGCAGCCUCCGUGGACUCUGCAGGUGAACAGGAGGAGUUUGUUCUGAAACUCAUCAACAGGCCUUUAAUAGUCCUGCGUGGUGAAGACGGAUUCAUCGGCUGUCGUAAGCAGGGCACCGGGACCCUGGAUUCCAACCGCUCUUCCUACGACAUCUUCCAGUUAGAGUAUAACAACAACGAGUACUGUCUCAGAGACUCAGCAGGGAAGUACUGGACGGUGGAGGCCAACAGUGUAGUCGUGAGCAGCAGCGACACGCCCGUCUACUUCCUGUUUGAGUUCUGUGAUUAUAACAGGGUUGCCAUUAAAACACAACAGGGGCUUUAUCUGAAGGGUGACCACGCCGGGGUGUUGAAGGCUAAUGCACAUUGUAUCGCUAAUGCUACGCUGUGGGAGUACUAACACACACACACACACACACACACACACACACACACACAACUGUAAAAUAUGACUUACCCUACGUUCACACUAGCAAGCGACAGGUGACUAUAUUUUCUACAAUCUUGCAACAAAUUGUGGCAGAUCUCUAGCUAAUACUGGUACUCGCUUUGCUAACAUUUAAUGUUUGAUUUAAGAACAAAGCUACAAUCACAAGUACCGAUACAAUAGAUAGCUUUAGAUAUAGCUACAUAUAGCUACUAUUCUUUUUCUUUGACAGGCCACGCCUCCAAUCGAUUCAGAUCAGCAGUUAUAAAACACCCAUAAAACACAAGGUAGACGCCUGCUAGCGUGAACGUACGGUUACUGUACAAUUCUGCAAUCUCGUCAUGUGAUCUGUUUACGACAUACUUCAUGUGAAUAGGAAGCACAAAGCAAUCAAAAAAAAGCACAGUACGCACAAAACAAAGACACUUUCAAGAUAUACAGAUAACUAGCGAGGAAAAUCUUAUAUAUAGUCUGUAAAAUUAAAACAACCCGAUCUGGAUCCUGCUCAUGUAUACAGACCUGAAGUGGGCGUGGCCUAAAUGUGGUUUUAAAGAUCUUACAAGCGAUGUGUAGAAAUGUGAACCAUGUGAUCAUCUGGGUUUGUGAACAGUUCCUCCACCUCAGCUACAUCGCUUCAGUUCGUUCGUGUUCACUAAAACAAGUAAAAUUGUGCCCUCUAAUGGUGGGUCAGGGUUCUGACCGUUUUAUCAAUAAGUAUUCUUUCUGCAUGUACGCUAACUAUGAUGUGCUUCACUGAAAACACAAUAAGACUGUAAACUAGGUGCUGCUGCUGCUGAAACUUCUCAAAUGUUCUACAGCGUUCAGUCGGGACUUCACCUUUCCCAAUUUGCAUUGUUGUUGCUGUUGCUGUCGUUGUUGCGUUUUCCGAUUCGUUCGUACGUUUUCGCACUUAUGAGCGUUCAUCUCGUUUUUACGCCGCUCUCUAAAAACUUGGAUCAAAGAGCGGAACUGCAUCGUGUGAGGAAAUCACACCGAGGGGGUCAUUAAGUUUCGGUGAUACAUAUUUAGGUGUCAAACUGUGCACCGAAAUUUGCGCUUCUGAUGUUUUAUCUCCACGACUGCCAUUUUGCAUUGCUCACGUCAAAGAAUCACAACGAACCCCAUCAGUAUUAACUGUAAACCUGCUACAGUGUAUUCCGGGAUAAGCCCAGGUCGUCACUGAGAUGUGCUCAAAAACACAAACACACUGCUACAGAGUGUAAACGCAAUGCAUUGUGGGUAAGUAAGUGCAGCACUUUAACGGUUAAAAAGCUGUAGAUGAGGUUUGUGGAGCUCCACAGUUCGUCCUUCAGAGAGAAAGACUGCGUCCUGAACCAGAAACACGGCGGCCGGUGUAACAAGGUCAUGUUUUUAAAUAGCAGUGCUGAGAACGUGCUAGAAAAACACUGUAUGUUUUUCUGACGACAUAGACAGCCCUACACACACACACACACACACACACACACACACACAAAUUCCAGCCUUCAUUUGUUUAACAGAUACACAAGGCAGGUGAAGCCUCUGAAAAGAUGCACAACUUUAUAACCAACUCUGGCGUUUUUGUUGAAAGGUUUGCGGUAGCUAGCUAUUAGCGAUUUCGUCCAGGUCUCUGACUUCCUGUCAGAAAUGUUCACUCAGACACAUCACCUUCCAAAGCUUUAACGGUAACGCUAACACGCUCAUCGACUCAUUGUGCGCCUUGUAAAAUCCAUAGUGUGAAGCGUUUCUUGUCCGAUAACUGCAGCGGUUAUAAAAACUGUCUCUCAGUGGCUUCAAGGCUCAAUAAUAGCGAUUGCGAUAUUUUUACAGAAACAUGAGCGUUUGUGAUCUUACUGCUAUCCAGCAUCAGUGCUAACGAUGCUAACACACAACCGCUAACUUCUGACAGAAAGAGCAGUAAAAUAAAUUAUCACUAGAAUCAGAAAUAUUUCCACAUAAACAUGUGUGAAGUUUAGACUGUGUGAAAGCGUUACUGCCUUUCAGAGGUACAGAACGAGAACAAAAAGCGCUGUUUAUUUUUCAUGUUGUUUAGUUAAAGACAAAUAAAGUUUGAGUGGAACUCAGA